CCUGGAUAACAUCAAGGUGCUUGAAACGGAUGUGUCAAAGAAGAAUUGAUUACAAUGCAGAAAUAAAAUUGAAUUUUCAAUAACUUCAAUAACGUCUUUAUAAAAUUAUUCGGACAAGGUUAAUAUGUAACUAUCAGCUGUACCUCUAGAAUGUUUCGUUCGCUAUUCUUAAGGCAAUUUAAGUUGCCAAGAAGUAGUCAAUUACAUUCUACUUCUACGAGUAGAAAUAAAUCUCCAUCACUUAGUAAUCAAACACCAAAGCCGAAUGAUCAAUCAUCAAAGCCCAAAAAUCAAGAAAGCAGUGAAUUUCAAGUGCACAGUCAUAUGCACACUCCAACUGCUAUGGAUAAAAAAAUACUAGUAUGGGUUAAACGUUAUUCUAGUAUAGAUGAAAUCCCAAACCAAGUAACGUAUGAUUGUAUUCAACGAGCACAUACUAAGGCAAGAAUUCGUGUAUGUAAUUACCUAAUAGUUUUUGCAUUGUUUGGGUUUAUCGUUUCUGUUUGGAAUGGAAAGAGAGAUAUAGCAUCUGGAAGGCAUAUAAUAUCAGAUAAAAUGAACUGGGUAAGAGAACAGAGACAAAAAGGAUUAGCUGAAGCUGAAGCUAAAGCUAAAGCUGAAGCUGAAGCUGCUAAAUAGCGAUGAAGCAAUAUUUUAGUGAUAUAUUAAAUAAAUUAAAACUUUAAUAAAUAGCUAUCAUGUAGUGAAUAGUAUAUCAAAUUUCAAAUAUAUUUUUUGAUUUCGUAUGGAAAAUAGUUUUUAUCUUAACAGUGUUUUCAAAUUAGCAAUAAUAUAAUUCUGUAUAAAAUAUUUUUAUAAAUGCUUAAAUUGUAAUAUAUAUCGUUUUAACAUUUUAAGAUAUACUUUAUAUGUAUAUUAAUUAAAGCAAGUUUCAAAUGUUCAGUCAAUAAAUCGCGAUCUUAUAUUUAAAUACAGUAGUGCCCACUUAAAUGUCCGCGCUCGUUUUAGUGGGUAUGGUUGCUUCUCAAAAUUCAACGGAGAUAAGAAAAGAGGGUAAGUGCGAGUGAGAUACAAUAGCAGGCACUCGAAACCAUAUAUACAAUGUAUCGAUAACGACCGGUCGCUUGGCUUCCAAAAAUUGAUAGGGAUAACGGCGGACAUUUAAGUAGGCACUACUGUAUAUUCAAAGAUUUUUGUCAUUUCCAUGAUUUAUAUAUAGAACUUUGAUAGAUUAAAAAUAAUUAUAAUACAUUAUAAAGAAAUUAUGAAAAGAUGGUUUAAUGGUAAUUUUCACAAAUAACAAACUUUAUGUAAUUACUAUUUCAUUAAUGCAGUAACUAACUAUAUUUAUAAUUAACGUAUCUAAUUACAUAUUAUCGUGAUUACGGUCAGGUUAUAAUAACCUAUAUAGCUAUAAAUGCAGUUAGGUUUAUAACCAUGUAAAUCAUUGACAUAUUUGAAAUAUUUGUUGAUAAUACAAUACUAAGUUGUUAUGUUUGGUGGCUUAUAAAAACUACGGCAUCUUUCGUAAUAUA